AUGGACCCCAGCUUGGUCUCUUAUCCCGGCAAGGACGUCCAACGCAUGAUGCGCAAGAAGAAGGAGCUUCGCAGAAGCUGUAAUCUUUGUCGCACACGCAAAAUUGCCUGUUCGGGCGAGCAAAUUUGUGCCACCUGUCGAGAACGCGGCGUUGAGUGUGUCUAUGAUCUGGAGGGGCUCAAAGGACGACCCCCAGCAAGUUUCCAGGCUGAUGCGGCCAAAUCCCAAACAAAUGUCUACCCAGAGACUUGGUACAGUCCUGCCGGGGGCUCUCUACCACCUUCUAGGAAAUCAAAUGACGACAGCGACAAAACCCAGCUGUCGUCAAGUGUGGCUGCUGAGCUAGACUCCAUAUAUCGAGAACAAUUUGGCGACAAAGCUCCUUAUAAGCGCAAUAACCGGUUUCAGAAACGAGUGGUUGAGUUCAAUCGCUCCUUGGCAACGAACUUGGCGGCGAGCAAAGGACAUGCAAUCGAUAGCAGCAGCAGUAGCAGUGGUGGUGGCGGCGCUAGUAGUAUCGGUAGUACCGAAUCUGUUGUGGGUAUGAACUAUCACGGCUUCUUGACUCUGGUCACCUUGGACUUGGUUGAAACUGUUGUGCUCAAGUUUAGCCGACUCGGCGUCCGCGCCUUUUUUGGAACUGGUGAGCGAUACUACCGAGCUUGUAUGCUGCAAGAUGAAACAACCACCAUGUUUGACACUCCUAUAACCGUGCCGGAUACAACGACUGCACCCUCAACUUCUACUGCAGCUACACAGGGUUCUCCGCCAGAUCUGGGUCCACUGGCAAAGUAUAACAGUCAUCUUCUUGCUCAAAUGGUCGACUUGUGGUUUACCCACCACCCCUUGAGCAUUUUACUGUCCAAAUCACUACUAAUGACUGAUUUGUGCACCAAUCGUGCCAAACCUACCCUGUUGGCAGUUAUGUUAGCUGAUGCGCAUGAGUUUACAAAAGACCCCGAGGGGGAAAGACAGGCAGUAGAGCUACUAGAAUGGGCCAUAGGUCAACUGCAUCAUCUGAAGACUGAAAGCCCUGACCUCACAACCGCCCAAGCCUGCUUCUUCAUAUGCUGGUAUCUUAGUUGUAGGGGCCAAGCAAGACGGGCUGUCGCUUAUAUCACCUUCGCCGGAAGGACUGCCACGCAGCUGAAAUACAAGAUCCAUGAAAUUCCAAUCACGGACAAGACUCAUAUAAAUGGGAUAGAUCGAGGUGCCGUGGAGGUCGAAAUGAUUCAAAAUUUGUGGUGGAUAACAUUCGCCCUCACUCUAUGGUCAUUUAUUCAGAUGGACAUCUCGUUUGCCGAUCUGCUACCAUCGCGAAUAAUGCAAGUAUUUCCACCUUCCAGUGCAGCCGAAUGUACUAUACUACAGCUCGAUCGCACCAUGGGAAACAUUACUUCCCAACAUGCUCAAACUGCAUCUCUACAGUCUGUCUGGCUGCUUGCCCAUGUUAGCUCCUUCACGGCUCACCUUUAUGCUCUUUAUCCCCACCCCACGCGAGGCCCUCCUUCUAUCGAUACGCCAGUGAGCCAUUGGCAAGAUCAGUUGAUAAUGCGAAUGGAUCACUUGUUCAGCCAACAACGCAAUCUAGCCGCAAUCUGUGUCGAUGCCCGUGAAGCAAUGCAGGAUAUGAUCGACCGUGUCGAUACGGCCGCAGGGGAAGAUCCCAUUGGAGCUUGGCUCUUGGCCCAAUACUAUACUACAUCUAUCCAUCUCCUUUUCCCACGAGGGAAGCCAAUUUCUGCUACGUCUCCUAGUGUUGGAGAAGAAUGUAUCAUCAGUGAUGGAUCAGCCCCUAGCUCGGAUUAUCAAACCGCAGCAUCUGUUUUAACAACUACGAUAUUCACUGAGCUCGAAAAAGCCAUGCAAGGACUGGCAUCGAUUUUCCAUCAUAUAAAGACAGCAACAUCAUCUGAAGAAUCCCAUGUCGUCGCCCCUCCCGCGUUUAUUCAUUCUUAUGUAUUAGGACUCGAUGCGAUUGGGCGAGCUUUGACACAGAUUCUAUUCGCGCAAGAUCGAGCCUCAUCUCUUGAGCAGCAGUUCUGUAGCGGAUGGCUAAAGCGACUUCAUCCGGGACUCAUCACGCUGCAUGAAUUAUUCAACAGUGAUGCACUCCUGCGGGACCAUCGCUGGAGACCUGUCAAGCGGCAAAUCAAAUAUGUACGCAAGCGGCUCGAUCAGAUGGUAACCACUGAAUACGCAUCCGGGCCAUCAACAACAGUGCAACUAGGCUCCACAAUUCCCAGUUUCUCCAUCGCUUCCUCGAUGGGAGCACCGCCUCACCCUGAAGAAUCACUGCCGUGGUCAGAUUGGCAACCCCCUGAUCAGACAGCCUCAGAUCCACUGAAUCUUUCCAUGUCCAAUAUGCCUGUAUACCAACCAUCAAUUAAUCACCCACUGAUGGAAACUAAUCAAAGGUAUCAAGAUUAUGGCGGGGUCCAGAACAACCCGAUGGACUGGUUCCAAAAUUCUACUCCGUUGGCCUCGACGUGGACCGAGGUCCAGGCAGUUGAUACUACUAUACCGGGUCAAUUUUCGAAUGCCUUGUCCUCUCAGGCAUCUCAGCUCAAUGAAAAUGGUAAACGAAGGGCAGACAUGAUAUCCUCUGACGACGGGAUGUUGGUUGGCGAUCUUUCGGCUGAUCAGCUAAACGGCCUUGUUCGAUUCACGUCCGGGUGA